AUGCUUACGAAAACCAAGCGAGUUGCUACUGCAGCAGCAAGAAAGGCAAGUGCCUCUGACACUUCAGCAGCAGGUGAUUCGUCGCUUGUUUCUGUGAACAGUCCACGUGGUGAGUCUCCACGUGCGACAGGAACAUCCGCUACGUCUGCAGCGGGUACCUCGGGUCGUAAUCAAGACGAGUCUGAGAUAGAGCUCAUCUAUUCCGGCGAGUCGGAUGAUGCAUCCGACUCGAAGGCGACACCUCACGCCUCCGGAUCACCCGGAGCGGACACUUCAAGAGCCAGGUUGUCUGGCUCUGGCAUGCGUGAUGGCAUCAUGCUCGAGGUCUUCGGACCGAGCGAAUGUUCCGACGAAUCCUCGCCUCACGCAAGUUCGUUCAACGAAGGGACGCGUGGUGAUGGUGGUGAUGCUCCUGAGCAUGACCACGAGCGAAGUAACUCGAGGGAUCGAGCUGCAACUGGUUUCAGUGCUCACGCUGACACCAAUCAAGAGGCCAGGGACCGAAAUGUCCUGCGCCACUCUCCUCAAGCGAAGUCUGCUUGGAUGCAGUCAUCCACAAAGUUAUAUCGAGUGGCCUGCAUGACCACCAAACGGAAUCGAAUGUCGUUGUUCGAAUGUAGGAGGAUCUGUCCUUAUAAUUGUAGCACGGAAACUAUCUGUGCUGAGGAAGAGUUCUUCAUCGAUGCGUUUUUCAAACAUCGAUGGUACAACAACAACCGUGGUCGAGCCGGUAAGGCUUAG